AAUAUGAUGGUAUCCAUAAGAAAUCUAUAUGAAAUCAACAAUGAUUAAGUCAACAAUAAGCUACUUUAUACUGUCAGUACUUGUCUUUUCUUUUGUACUUACAGUUCAAGGUUAUGGAAGCAGAUAUGAUCCAUUAGGUAAAAUCUUAAAUCGGCAAUUAUCAUCGUUCAAGUCAUCUGAACUGGUGGUUGAGACAACAAAGUUGUCAACAGAGUAUUCACCAGUGUACAUGAGCUCACACGAAGGAUUGAAGGAAGCCGAUACGAUCGUUAGCUUACCUGGACAACCUGAACAGGGGGUGGAUUUUGAUCAGUACUCGGGAUAUGUGACGGUAGAUGGUGGAAAAGGAAGGGCGCUGUUUUACUAUUUUGUGGAAUCUCCUCAAAAUUCUUCAACUAAUCCUUUAGUUUUAUGGCUUAAUGGAGGACCUGGUUGUUCAUCAUUUGGAGCUGGAGCAAUGAUGGAACUUGGACCAUUCAGAGUCAAACCUGAUAGAAUGACUCUCGACCUUAAUGAAUAUUCAUGGAACAAUGCUGCAAAUGUCAUCUUCCUAGAAUCACCAGCUGGUGUUGGAUUUUCAUAUUCUAAUACAACAUCAGACUACAACCUGAGUGGAGACAAGAGAACAGCCGAAGAUUCGUACACAUUUUUGGUUAACUGGUUAGAGAGGUUUCCUGAAUACAAGACCAGGGAUUUCUUUCUAGCAGGGGAGAGCUAUGCAGGGCACUACGUACCUCAGCUUGCUCAACUUAUCCUUCAUAACAACAAGAUUACCAACCAAACUAUCAUUAACUUGAAAGGAAUAGCUAUUGGGAAUGCCUAUGUCGACUUUGAAACUACUUAUAAGGGAAUGUACGAUUUCUUCUGGACACACUCCCUCAUUUCUGACGAAGCCAAUAAGGGUAUUGGCUUAUACUGCAAUUUUUCUUCACCAUACACAAUUGGAGAUAUCUGCAUAGAGUUUCUUGGACAAGCAGACACGGGCGACAUCUUCAUUUAUGAUAUUUAUGCUCCUUUAUGCCCUUCUUCUCCCAGCAGUCCACCUCCUCAGGCUGGAAUAUUUGAUCCCCGCUCAGAUCAAUACAUCGACUAUUAUCUAAAUAUCCCCGAAGUGCAGAAGGCUCUUCAUGCAAAUGUUACAGGUCUUCCUUACCAGUGGGAGUCUUGCAGCCGAGAGAUACUAGGACUAUGGGAUGAUGAGCCAUUGACAGUAUUGCCAGUAAUUGAAGAGCUCAUGACCAGUGGCAUUGCGGUGUGGGUAUAUAGUGGAGAUACAGAUGGUAGGGUACCAGUAACAAGUAGCAGAUACUCCAUUAACAAAAUUGCAGCUACCACUAAGACUAAGUGGUAUCCAUGGUAUACCCAAAACCAGGUUGGUGGGUAUGCUGUGGAAUAUGAAAACCUAACAUUUGUGACAAUAAGGGGUGCUGGACAUUUCGUUCCAGGUUAUCAACCAGCUAGGGCUCUCACCUUCUUCAAGUCUUUUCUACAAGGAAAACUCCCACCUUCAUCUUUUUGAUCAAUACGAUCGAAGUUCGAAGAUUUAACUCCGACAGAGAAAGAUUUGGACCAGAAGUCACACUUUAUCUGUAGUUUCAUAAAUUUGCAAUAAAAGAUUAUGUCGCUAUAUCUACUAAAAGAUCCAAGUAAAAAAUAUUAAAAACAACAACAUUCAGGCCUUUGUUUCUAUCUGAAUGACAUAUUUCUGCGUCUAAAGUCAGUUAUUCCAUUUCGUGAUGGUGGUGAUAAUCCUAUAGCCAAGACAUUCACAAAUUCUCUAUUCUGCCCAGAACAUGUAUCAGCUCUUGCAGUUUCAUAGAGGAUGGCUGUAAUAGCAAAACCCUUAAAUUCCAUGCAUUUUGCUGUUACAGUAUGAGAAGCAUAUGUUCAAGUACAAUUGAACUACUAAACUACUACUGUGUUUGGUUGUAUCAUACAUUAUAUAUAGACAA